AUGCCAGGAUGCUGUGGAAGCACUGCGGCGACUCCGGCGCCGCAAGAGCACUUCUUCACGCAAUAUAAGCUGGGAAAGAAGCUUGGAGAAGGUGCCUUCGGACAGGUCCGUGUCGUAGUUGACAGGUCCACACAGCAGGAGCUUGCUGUGAAGAUUGUGGAUGUUCGUGAGCGUGAUGAGCAUGGUGCUUGCAGCGGCGCGGUCAGCAAGAGCCGGGACCGGGUCACCCGAACAGAGGUGGACCUUUGGACGAAGGCAAGCAACACUGACUGUGAAUACAUUGUGAAGCUUUACAAGAGCUUUGCAGAGCACGGCCCUUGGAGACAUGUGGAGCGGCCAGUGCUCCUUCAUGGACAGACUCGCCCAGUGCUCAGCCGGCGGCAGAUGGUCGAGGCGGAGUCCAUGACAGAAACUGACCUGGCAAAGAUCUUUCGACACAUGCUGCUGGGGGUAUCCCACACCCAUGUGGGCGACUUAGAGCUCAGUUCCUUUCAGUCCGGGGACUUCAAGGAGGAGGAGGCCACGGAGGAGUUGGGAGGUCUGCAGUUUUGUUUUCCCGGUCACCAUAGCCAGGCCAAAGGGGUGCCGCAGGAGUGCGGGUCGAACGACAUUUUCAUCAACCAGUUUGUCUUCGGAUUCAACCAUGUUCACCGCACACCUGCCAUGACCUGCGUCUUUGCCCAGCUACCAAGCAGGCCUGAUAACUUUCUAUGGGGCGGUCCAGACAACAGCGUUCUCAAGCUUUGCGACUACGGCCUUGCGGUUAUGAUGCCCAAGACUGGAAAGCUCAGCGGAGUGUUUGGUACCGCGCCGUACAUGGCUCCGGAAAUGCUGCGGAGCGAAGGCUAUGACUUCUUGGCAGACGUCUGGUCCAUAGGCUCCGUAGCCUACCUGCUGGUCUUCGGCAGCUUUCCGUACUCGCCUUCCGAGGCUUUACCCGUGGCAGCUGUCCCCGAAGGGCUGGGCUUUGAAGGUUCGCUGUGGCGUGCAGCUGUUCCAGAUCGAGUGCCCAUGUGGGGCUUCUUGGAGGCCCUACGGCAUGAAUUCGUAGCGGAGAAGGUUGCCAUUAUUCCCGACGCCAAUGACUUUGACCCGUUGUUGCGCAAGAACGCGCACAAAGCCAGAUCACUCACGCAGCAGAUGCGGCAAAAGCGCGACUCUACGGUACAGCACGGCAUCGACGAUCUCUUGAAGAAGCUCAUCAUUAAAAAUGGAGGAGACAUCAGCAACUCCAAUAUCUUCUUCUCUGAGGGCGACGAAAAGCUCGACCAGGAAGAUGAGGAACCCAGAAGCAUGGAGCCACGUAUGAAGAGGAGAAGCUCCAGACGUGAUGUGAAGCACUCCACUCACUCUGGAGUCAUAGACCAGUCUGGCAGCUUGAAGUUUGACAUGAGUCCGAACAGCGCUGUAGACUCAAGAGCCUCGGGCAAGAGUGCCCCUGGCGAUGUCCCAGGCCUGUCGAACAGGUGUUAA